AUGCGAGAUGUCUACAAAUACGAGACUCUUGGCGAGUGGAUAAUCCUCCACAAAGAAAACACCGACAAGAUUCUGAGGAAAGACGGUUUUAUGGUCGCCCUAAGGUACGACAUCAGAAUCAGGGCGAACACCUUCGCACACCGAGUCGUGAAGAAUGGAGUCAAGUCCUUCUUGGACAUCUCAAUUUUCCGCCAGGAAGUGUAUGACACCGCCUAUGCCGAGGCAAGAAGAUACAAAGAACUCAUCUUCAAAGAGGUCAACCCUUACGCCAUCGGGGGCGUCCGAGCGUCCUGGGACCGCACACGGGUACCAAAAAGCCGACCUAGUCAACCAACAACCACCAACCGAGAAGCUCCGCCAACCCAACCCAGUCAGGUUCUCAGAACUCAAACUCCCUCCCAGCCAAGCCGUGCGAAAGCAGAAGAGGUUCUGGGUAUCAAGGCAGAAACUUUGACCCAAACCACUCAGGGAGCCAAGGGCAGAGCGGCAGCAGAUACCAAAAUGGAGAAGGCAGCAGAAAGAGAAACCGAAGAAGUACAGUGCGACAUGAAUAUCCCAAGAUGGAAAGAAGCGCUUGAGAAAGCAGGUUUGUCGAAAACCUCCGCAGACGUACUCAACGGAUUCGUAUACGGAUUCCAUCAAGGCAUAUCGGAACACGAUCUGGGACCAGACAUACCCUUCUACGCACCUCCUAACCAUAGUUCGGCAUCACAAGCUCAGCCGAAGAUAGAAGAAUUGAUUCAAAAAGAAAUUGCAGCCGGAAGAAUGUUCGGCCCGUAUACCGCGGACCAAGUCCAUAGAAAGUUUGGAUUCUUCAGAACAAAUCCACUAGGAGCUGUGGUAAACGGAGAUGGCUCAUUAAGAGUGAUCAACGACCUGUCAUUCCCGCACCGGAAGAAGGAUAUUCCAUCAGUAAACUCAAAGAACGAUUUCGACACAACGUGGGACAAUUUCAAAGCAGUAGAAAAUUUUUUAAGAAAGAGAACCAAAACCGCGCUCCUCGCCAUCUUCGACUGGGAGAAGGCUUACCAACAAAUCCCGAAGGCACCAAACCAAUGGCCAUAUCUCAUGCUUCAAAAUUUCAACAACCAGAUAAUCGUUGAUACCAGAAUUGCCUUCGGCGGCGUAGCAGGAUGUGGAUCCUUUGGCAGGCCGGCAGACGCGUGGAAACAAAUCAUGCUAAAAGAAUUUGACCUCGUCACAGUAUUCAGAUGGGUCGACAAUAAUUUGUUUGUCAAGGAGUUAACGUCAGCAGUAGAGAUGGACGACAUUGUUGCUAGAUCUAAUGAAUUAGGGGUCAAGACAAACCCAACAAAGAUCUCCCCUUUUAAAGUAGAACAAAAAUAUAUUGGGUUUAUCUGGAACACAUCAGAGAAGACAGUGCGCUUACCCGAGGAAAAAACGCAAGCACAAAUUAGACAAAUAAAUGAAAUCCUGGAGGAAGGGAAAGAAUUCACGUUUAAACAAAUCAAAAUCAUGGCAGGCCGCCUGAACCACAUGUCAUACAUGCUCCCGCAGCUCCGAUGCUACCUGUGCAGCCUUUACAGGAUGAUGAGCGACUGGGUCUACCAACAUGUCCCACGACCAAUACCACUAGAUACAAGACUCAUCGCAAACCCAGACCCUACCGAAAUUGGGUGGGUGGGAGACGCGUCAACUAGCCUCGGUAUAGAAGUGCUGAUCGGGAGACGCUGGGCCCAAUUUAAAGCAAGACCCGGCUGGAACAGAGGUAGUUUACCCCGACGUGGCAUAGCCUGGAUGGAAACAGCAGCAAUACGGAUUGGACUUCUAAUGAUGAAGAAACUAGACAUACGGAAAGGCAAAAUGAUUAUUGUCUGGAUUGAUAAUACCACUUCAGAGGAGGCAGUAAAAAAUAGGAAGUCGAGGGAUGUCCACGUCAACAAAGAGUGGAAGUUGAUUCAAAACAUCCUCCUCGAGAUGCAAAUUGACCUCUCUGCAAGAAGAGUUACCUCAAAGGAAAAUCGAGCCAAUGCCCUAUCGAGAGGCAAUAGAUCAAACCAUCAUCUGAAGAAUCAAGUACUAUCUACCCUGCCCAAUCUAUACCUCCUUCUAUCGGCUACUCUCCUUUCCCCCUUGCAAUCCAAUCUACCAUUUAACCAAACUAAAACUUUUUCUCUUUCCGAGAGACUACCUCCCCCUCCCUUUCCUCCCAGGAUCAAGAGACAUAUCAUUUUAGAUAUCAGCAAGAUAAAGACCUUUUUAGCAAAUGGUAACCAACUAAGGGAGCCUACUUCGUUGGACAUCCACUUCCUAAGAGGCUACAAAUGGAACAGACUACUUAGCUUUAACGCGGCGGCUAGGAAGUUCAUGAGAUACAAGAUCGCAGUCAAAGAGACGCCCUUUGUUCUCCCAAUCUCGGCAGGAGACCUCUACGGAUUCUGCUACUGGGCAGGUAAGAACACAGACGAAUAUGACACGCAAGACAUCUGUUCCAAGACCCUAGCAAAAUACCUAUACGGCCUCCAAGCUUGGCACCUUUAUCACUCAGUUGAAUAUCCGAAGGAAUCCAAGGCGAAGGUUGCGGUCCUCCUCCGCGCCUCCGCCGACACCGACGCCGAAGCACCUCCGAGACCAGUCAAGGCCCCAGUAACCAUAACCCAGCUAGUCGCCUUAACCAAUCACUUAGUAUUAGAGAUGGUCGAAGGGAAUCCGUCGCAGAUACCCGUUAUCCGCUGGCGGAUACCCGCCAACGGGUGCGGAUGGCCCCUUUUCCGCAAAAAGUUGGCGGGUAUCCGGGUAUCCCAAAGGAUACCUGCGGCCGGAAGGGGAGAUGGCCGGCUGGAAGGAGACCCUGACACCCUUCCAGUCGACAAGUCGAUGAGGUACUUGUACCCCGACGGCUGGAAGGAAGCCCUUCCAGCCGGCCCUUUAGAGGGCGGGUAUCCGAGGAUACCCGCUCGGAUACCCGCUGCGGCCGACGGAUACCCGCCAGCGGGUGCGGAUGCUCAGAUGGCCGGAAAAAGCAGCCGGAUAUCCGCAUCCGCGCGGAUAUCCGGAUGA